GCCCGCCCGCCCAGAGCCGCGCCAUGGUGCAGCCCGAGGAGCAGGCCGGCCUGUACCGGCCGCGGCCCGAGCUGCUGCCGGCGGCGCACGUCUCCUCGCUGCCGCACUACGAGCGCCUCUACCAGCGCUCCGUGGAGGCGCCGCACGAGUUCUGGGGUGACAUCGCCAAGGAGUUUUACUGGAAGACCCAGCACACGGGGCCGUUCCUGAGGUACAACUUCGACGUGACGAAGGGGAAGAUCUUCACUGAAUGGAUGAAGGGGGCAAAGACCAACAUCUGCUACAACCUGUUGGACAGGAACGUCAACGAGAAGAAGCUUGGGGACAAAAUUGCUUUUUACUGGGAAGGGAAUGAGCCUGGGGAUUCUGCAAAAAUCACAUACAAUGAGUUGCUGCACCAAGUCUGUCAGUUUGCCAAUGUUCUCCGCAGCCAAGGUGUGAGGAAAGGAGACCGCAUUUCCAUCUACAUGCCAAUGAUCCUGGAGCUGGUUGUAGCCAUGCUUGCCUGUGCCAGAAUCGGGGCUCUUCAUUCCAUUGUGUUUGCAGGUUUCUCGGCAGAGUCUCUCUGUGAGCGGAUUCUUGACUGUGGCUGUUCACUGCUUGUUACAGCAGAUGCCUUUUAUCGAGGAGACAAGCUGAUUAGCUUGAAGCAGAUUGCAGAUGAAGCUCUCCAGAAAUGUAAAGACAAGGGCUCCCCUUUGAAAAAGUGCAUUGUGGUCAAGCACCUGGGGAGGGAAGAAUUAGCAGUGGAUGGGACAUGCAGCAAGUCUCCUCCUCUGAAAAGGCUCUGCCAGGAUGUACAGGAAAAAAAGACUGAGAGCUCACAGAGACUCCGUCCCAAGAUCCCCUGGGAUCCAGCCACGAACAUGUGGUGGCAUGAGCUGAUAAGCAGUGCCAGCACGGAGUGCGAACCUGAGUGGUGUGAUGCGGAGGAUGAACUCUUCAUCCUCUACACUAGCGGCUCGACUGGGAAACCCAAGGGUGUACUGCAUACAGUGGGUGGAUACAUGCUCUUUGCUGCCACCUCAUUUAAAUAUGUAUUUGAUUACCACCCUGAGGAUAUCUACUGGUGCACAGCUGACAUUGGAUGGAUAACAGGCCAUUCCUACCUCACUUACGGACCCCUGGCAAAUGGGGCAACUAGUGUACUGUUUGAGGGUGUCCCCACCUACCCAGACAUUGGGCGAAUGUGGAGCAUUGUCGACAAGUACAAGGUGACCAAGUUCUACACGGCACCCACAGCCAUCCGGCUGCUGAUGAAGCAUGGGGAGGAGCCCGUCAAAAGGCACAGCAGGAAGUCUCUGAAGGUGAUGGGGACUGUCGGGGAGCCCAUUAACCCUGAAGCCUGGCUGUGGUACUACCGUGUGGUGGGAGAAGAGAGGUGUCCCAUUGUGGAUACAUUCUGGCAGACAGAGACGGGUGGCCACAUGCUGACGCCUCUCCCUGCCGCCACUCCCAUGAAGCCAGGCUCUGCCACGUUCCCCUUCUUCGGUGUGGUCCCUGCCAUCUUGAACGAGUCGGGGGAAGAGCUGGAAGGAGAAGCAGAAGGCUACCUGGUAUUUAAGCAGCCUUGGCCAGGAAUAAUGCGCACAGUGUAUGGAAACCACCAGCAAUUUGAAACCACCUACUUCAAGAAGUUCCCUGGGUACUAUGUGACGGGUGAUGGUUGCAGGAGAGAUAAAGAUGGUUAUUACUGGAUCACAGGACGAAUUGAUGACAUGUUGAAUGUUUCUGGCCACUUGCUGAGCACCGCAGAGGUGGAGUCAGCCUUGUUGGAGCACGCAGCCAUUUCUGAGGCCGCAGUGGUCAGCCAUCCGCACCCCUUGAAAGGCGAGUGCCUCUACUGCUUUGUGACUCUGAGAGAUGGCCAUGAGUUCACCAAGAACCUGACAGAUGAGCUGAAAAAACAAGUCAGAGAAAAAAUCGGACCGAUAGCAACACCUGAUUACAUCCAGUAUGCGCCUGGCCUGCCCAAAACUCGCUCAGGAAAGAUUACCAGAAGGAUAUUAAGGAAGAUUGCCAAAAAUGACCAAGAUCUGGGGGACAUCUCCACCCUGGCAGACCCGGGAAUUAUAAACCAUCUUUUCAACAGCAGAUGUGACACUAAACUGUAGCAGCAUGACCUGUCCCUGCUGAACAGAACGGUAGCACCGGUGUCCUGAUGAGCUGGUCCCUCAAUAACUGCUGUCCGCCCUGGAAAAAAAAAAUCCCUUCACCUGAUGAAUUGAAUGUACCAAUGCUAUAAAUGAGGGAAAGGCUGGCUCUGGAGACGCCUCAUCUCACUAGUACGUCCAUGCCUCGGAGGAGUGUGCGCAUCUUAUUGCAGAUUGGUAUCAUGCACCUGAGGUUCCAGCCUCAUUCACUUGCAACAGAAGGACUCGUGCUCUUCCCUUUUCAUCACCUUGUUCAUGAUUUUGUAGGGGGGAGGUUGGAUAAUUUUAUGUAAUUGAGGGGCCCUGGUGUCUUGCCCGCAGCAGGAAGGAUCUGGGGGCUUGGAGGGGAAGUGGUACUUUACUGCCAAAGCUGGCAACACAGAAGUACUGGAAUUACUCAAUGCAGGCAGGCAAGGGAGGUGCAUCUGCCAUUAUCUGUGCCCCAGCCAAGCUUCCUCUUCUACUCAGUGCUGUAGACUGGGAGGAGACAAUACUCCCCCCUCAUAGCUGUAUAAGUGGGUUUUAGUCUUGCGUCCACUGUCUAAGCUGUUAGCAGAGGCCCCUAGCUUGAAAGGGAAUGGUGCCAGGCUCAAGGGAGCUCUGUUCUUUAGACAGGUUUUUAUACCACUCUUUGUUACCAAGGUUUGUUAUUUUCUAGCUGUGUGAUGCCAGCUAUUGCAUUUUUCCCCAAUCUAGAGUCGUUUGCUGGCUGUGGACGGAACAGAGAACCUGAGGCUGAAAGGAAACAGUUUUGCUCUGGUGGGCUCUGUAGAGCGCUGCCCCUACCUGCUCUCCGAUGCCACCAGUUAAGUUUAGCAGAGGCAGGGCAGCUGGCUGCCUCUUUCAAGGGCUGGGGGGGUAGGAGUGCGUGUUACUGAUACCAAAGGAAAGUGGAGAGGAAGAACAAAAAAAAAAAGAAAGAAAGAAAAAGAAAGAAAGAAAAAGAAAAAAAGAAAACCCACCAGUAUGGAGAGGCACUUUUCCCAUUACAGGUAAACCCUGUGUUAGAGGGCAGAAAGGCCAUUGCUACAAUGAAGAAACCAAGGCAGGCAGGGCUGUUAUUCCAAGAUAUUUUUCUCAUCAGAUAUAAAAUAGUGAAAGGCAUUUAAAGCUAGCUUUUGGUUAAUCUGACAUGGCUUCUUUGAUGAUGAGGGGAAGAAAAAAAAAAUCUUAAUUCUAGCCAAAGGGUACUGCCAAAGCCAAUACUACUUCCACAAGUCAACUGAAUUUAGCUCUGGGUUGAGCUGGGAAAGAUACCUCCUUUGUCACGUAUGUAUUGGAAAUACAGAGGAGCUGCUUGAGUUUACACUUCAACCAAAGGAGAAAUGGGCUUUAAAACUUGCUACAACUGCUGUUUUGUGAACCCUAACGUACAGGCUCUACCUGUAAAAUAAGAAAGGAAGCAGCAGCUGUCUCAAAGGCAGAUUGCUCCUGUUAGAGGUGCUCUGAUGGGCUGUUGUCCAAGUCUCAUUUCUUACCUGCUACUCUCAUUUGCACAGUACUUGCCUGUGAUAUAUAACCUGAGUGUGUGCCUGUCAUAUGCUCCACCCACAGCUCUGUACCACUUCUCCACCCUGUUAGAAGAACUCCUACACCUGCUCUCCUCCUAUUUUACUCCCAGUCUGCUAUGUAAUUUUGGCUGGAGACAGCUAGAAUUCUGUGCAAAAAGGGAAUAAAAAAAAUCAAGGAAACAAAA